AAGAUGGUUAACACAGACUUUGAGAGAAUCUACUUGAACCAAUCCAAGAGCAACGGGCGUAUGCGUAUCGCCGACUCCGGCUUGGGGUGGAAGGCAUCUGGCGCAAACAACGCCAACAGUGCCCCAUUCUUGUUGCCUUCCGAAGAGUUGUUGGCAGUCCAAUGGUCCAAAGGAUCCAGAGGCUACGAGUUGAGGGUUCAGACCAAGAACAAGGGUGUGGUGAUGUUGGAUGGAUUCGACGAGGAAGACUUCACGAAAUUGAAACAGGAGUUGCAGAGAAAUUUCCAUUUGACUUUAGAACAUAAAGAACACUCGUUGAGAGGAUGGAAUUGGGGUAAGACAGACUUGGCCAGAAACGAGUUGAUUUUCCAGGUCAACAACAAGCCAAAUUUUGAGAUCCCCUACAGCUCUAUUAGUAACUCCAACUUGACUGGUAAAAACGAGGUUGCCGUGGAGUUCAACUUGGACAACGGCCAUCUUCAAGCUGGUGAUGAGUUGGUCGAAAUGAGAUUCUACGUUCCUGGAACUGUCGAAGGCGAGACCAAGACUGUGAAGACCGAAGAAGGUGAAGAAAAGGCCGAAACCGAGGAGAUUAGUGCUGCGUCUGUGUUUUAUGAACAAUUGAAGGAUAAGGCCGAUAUUGGCCAAGUUGCCGGCGAGGCUAUAGUGUCGUUCAGCGACGUUCUCUUCUUGACCCCAAGAGGCCGUUACGAUAUCGAUAUGUAUCCUACAUCUUUGAGAUUACGUGGUAAGACCUACGAUUACAAGAUCCAAUACAACCAAAUCGAAAGAAUCUUCUCGUUGCCAAAACCCGACGAAGCUCAUCACUUGAUUUUAUUACAGAUCGAUCCUCCAUUGAGACAAGGUCAGACCAGGUAUCCUUUCUUAGCUUUGCAAUUCUCCAAGGAAGAAGAACUCGAGUUGGAGUUGAACGUGUCCAACGAAGAGUACGAAUCGAAGUACAAAGAUAGAUUACAAAAGACUUACGAUGCCCCAGCGCACUUGGUCAUGUCCCAUUGUUUUAGAGGGUUGACUGAACGUAGAUUGGUGGUGCCAGGUUCAUUCCAGUCCAGAUUCCUGCAACCAGGCAUAUCGUGUUCAUUGAAAGCAUCCGAAGGUUACUUGUAUCCGUUGGACAGAUGUUUCAUCUUCGUGACCAAGCCUACUGUGUACAUUCCAUUCUCGGAAAUCAGCAAUAUCACCAUGUCCAGAACUGGCGGUGGUGUAUCGGCGUCCAGAACGUUUGAUUUGGAAAUCAACUUAAGAAACUCCAACCAAUCGCACAUCUUUGGUAGUAUCGAUAGAGAGGAGCAGGAGAGCAUCGAGAAGUACUGCUCAGAAAAGGGAAUCAGAGUCAAGAACGAAGAAAAGAUCGCCAAGGCGAUGUUGGCCAAGGCCAUGAACGAAGCAGGCGACGACGACGACGAUGAGGAUGUUGACAUGGGAAGUGCAGCUGACGACGACGAUGAGAGUGCCGACGACGACUUCAACUCCGGCUCCGAAUCCGACGUUGCUGAAGAAUUCGACUCCGAUGCUGCAGCUUCUGAUUCCGAGGAUUCGGGUAAGGAGGAACAAGAUGACAGACCGCCACAAAAGAAAGCCAAAAAUUAGAGAUUUUAGGUUAGUGUACAAUAAGUAGUUCCUAUAUAGGUAAGUUGAAUGCAACGUACCUGCGAUUAGAUUU